CUUUCCGUCUUUGUGAGAUUUACUUUCGCUUUCAGGCCUCGUGGUAGAAGUGUUUUAGCAGCAGGAGCAGUAAAAGUGGAUGUAUUUCACAGCAACACAACAGCGUCAUAGUGGAACAUUCUUGCGUGACGUGGUUUCAGUGGGUCUCUGUUGCUGCUGGCGACGCCUUCCUGCUUCAUGUAGGGGACAAUAAGAAUAAUUGGUAUCCAGACAGAACCAACAGCAGCCAACAGGUUGUAGUGUGUUGUCUCACCUCAUUCUGCUGGUCUACACUCUGCUAUGAAUGUGUCUGAGGAGAGAGAGGAGGGAGGUUCUACCUCCAAAACCACUCUGUCUGGGGAACAUGACAGCCAGACCAAAGCUAAGAGUCCAGUCCAUCAGGAGAGACCAGUCUCCCCUGUACCCAGCUGUGUGUCCAUGAAGAGUGGCUGGUCUAUAGAUCCACCUCGUACAUUCAGAGAUGGACACCACUCUACUGAACAGAGCAGGACCCAUCAGGAGAGACCAGACCCCCCUGCACCCAGCUGUGUGUCCAUGAAGAGUGACCACUCUAUGAUUCUACCUAUUCAUUUCAAAGAUGGACACCCCUCUACUGAACAGAGAGACCACCAGGAGAGGUCAGAGGUUCUCAGUGGUCAGUCUGUCCAGGAGCAUCAAACAGACCUGGACUCCAUAUUUACGCUGCUUGAGGAGAACAUUGUCACUUUUGUGAAGAAGGAGCUGAAGAGGUUCCAGAAGGUUCUGAGUUCAGAUUACCCAGAGUGCUUAGGGAGACAGAGGAAAGAGGAGGAGCAGAGCAGGAGUACUAGAGAGGCACUUCUGAAGAUCACCCAGCACUUCCUGAGGAGUAUGAAGCAGGAGGAGCUGGCUGCCCGUCUGGAGAGCAAAAACCUUGUUCCCAUGUGCCGGAGUAACCUCAAAGCAGCUCUGAAGGAAAAGUUUCAGUGUUUGUUUGAGGGCAUCGCUAAACCAGGAGAGUCAACACUUCUGAAUCAGAUCUACACAGAGCUCUACAUCACAGAGGGAGGCAGUGGAGAGGUCAAUAAUGAACAUGAGGUCAGGCAGAUUGAAACAGCAUCCAGGAAACCAGCGAGACCAGAAACACUGAUCACAUGUGAGGACAUCUUUAAACCCUUACCUGGACAAGAUAAACCAAUCAGAACAUUGAUGACAAAGGGAGUGGCUGGCAUCGGGAAAACAGUCUUAACUCAGAAGUUCACUCUGGACUGGGCUGAAAACAAAACCAACCCCAAUAUACACUUCACAUUUCCGUUCACGUUCAGAGAGCUGAAUGUGCUGAAAGAUAAAAAGUUCAGCUUGGUGGGACUUCUUCAUCACUUCUUUAUUGAAACAAAAGAAGAAGGAAUCUGCAGCUUUGAUGAGUUCCAAGUUGUGUUCAUCUUUGACGGUCUGGAUGAGUGUCGACUUCCUCUGGACUUCCAGAACAAUGAGAUCUGGACUGAUGUCACAAAGUCCACCUCAGUGGACGUGCUGCUGACAAACCUCAUCAAGGGGAAUAUGCUUCCAUCUGCUCGCCUCUGGAUAACCACACGGCCUGCAGCAGCCAACCAGAUCCCUCCUGAGUGGGUUGACAUGGUGACAGAGGUGAGAGGGUUCACUGAUCCACAGAAGGAGGAGUACUUCAGAAAGAGAUUCAGAGAUAAGGCGCAAGCCAGAAGAAUCAUCUCACACAUCAAGACAUCACGAAGCCUCCACAUCAUGUGUCACAUCCCAGUCUUCUGUUGGAUCACUGCUACAGUUCUGGAUCAUGUGUUGGGAACAUGUAAGAGAGGAGAGAUGCCCAAGACCCUGACUGAGAUGUACAUCCACUUCCUGGUGGUUCAGUCCAUCCAGGGGAAUGUGAAGUAUCAUGGGAGAUCUGAGACAGAGCCACACUGGAAUACCGAGAGCAGGAAGAUGAUUGAGUCUCUGGGGAAACUGGCCUUUGAACAGCUGGAGAAAGGCAACCUGAUCUUCUAUGAAGCAGACCUGACAGAGUGUGGCAUUGAUAUCAGAGCAGCCUCAGUGUACUCAGGAGUGUUCACGCAGAUCUUUAAAGAGGAGUGUGGGCUGUACCAGGACAAGGUCUUCUGCUUUGUCCAUCUGAGCAUUCAGGAGUUUCUGGCUGCUCUUUAUGUCUUUCUCUCAUUCAUCAAAACUGGAGUCAAUCUGCUGUCAGAAACCCAGUCAACCUCCUGCAGGUCUAAACCACUUGGAGAUGAACGUGAAAAACCAGACCUCUACCAGACAGCAGUGGACAAGGCGUUAGAGAGUCCAAACGGACAUCUGGACUUGUUCCUGCGCUUCCUCCUGGGCCUCUCACUGGAGCGCAGUCGGAAUCUCCUACGAGGCCUGCUGGGAAAGACAGGAAGUAUGUCAAAGACCAAUAAGAAAAGAGUCCUGUACAUCCAGGAGAAGAUCAGGGAGGAUCUCUCUCCAGAGAGAAGCAUCAAUCUGUUCCACUGUCUGAAUGAACUGAAUGACCAUUCUCUAGUGGAGGAGAUCCAACAGUACCUGACAUCAGGAAGACUCUCCACAGACCAGCUCUCUCCUGCUCAGUGGUCAGCUCUGGUCUUCAUCUUAUUGUCUUCAGAAAAGGAGCUGGAGGUGUUUGACCUGAAGAAAUACUCUGCUUCAGAGGAGGGUCUUCUGAGGCUGCUGCCAGUGGUCAAAGCCUCCAGUACAGCUCUGUUGAGUUCCUGUAAUCUGUCAGAGAGGAGCUGUGAAGUUGUGUCCUCAGUCCUCAGCUCCUCCUCCUCUAGUGUGAGAGAACUGGACCUGAGUAACAAUGAUCUGCGGGAUUCAGGAGUCAAGCUGCUCUCUGCUGGACUGGGGAGUCCACAAUGUAGACUGGAAACUCUCAGGUUGAGUUACUGUAAUCUGUCAGAGAGGAGCUGUGAAGUUGUGUCCUCAGUCCUCAGCUCCUCCUCCUCUAGUGUGAGAGAGCUGGACCUGAGUAACAAUGAUCUGCGGGAUUCAGGAGUCAAGCUGCUCUCUGCUGGACUGGGGAGUCCACAAUGUAGACUGGAAACUCUCAGGUUGUCGGGCUGUCUGGUCUCAGAGGAAGGUGUUUCUUCUCUGAUCUCAGCUCUGAGCUUCAACCCAUCCCAUCUGAGAGAGCUGGACCUGAGCUACAACCAGCCAGGAGACUCAGGAGGGAAGCUGCUCUCUGCUGGACUGGAGGAUCCACACUGGAGACUGGACUCUCUCAGGCUGGACCAUGCUGGAGGGUGCAGGUUGACACCAGGUGUGAGGAAGUAUGCCUGUGAACUCACACUGGACCCAAACACAGCACACAGACGCCUCCUUCUGUCUGAGGACAACAGAAAGGUGACAUGGGUGAAGGAGGAGCAGUCGUAUCCUGAUCAUCCAGACAGAUUUGACUCCUGGACACAGGUUCUAAGUAGAGAAAGUCUGACUGACCGCUGUUACACGGAGGUACAGUGGGAAGGAAAUGUUGAUAUAGGAGUGACUUACAGAGGAAUCACAAGAAGAGGAGGAGGUAUAGACUGUUUUCUUGGAUAUAAUGAAAAGUCCUGGAGUCUGGCCCGUAAUAGUGAUAGAUACACUGCCUGUCAUAAUGAUAGAGUAACAGAGAUAAGUAUCUCCCCCUCCUCCUCUGACAGAGUAGGAGUGUAUCUGGACCGGUCUGCUGGAACUCUGUCCUUCUACAGAGUCUCCUCUGACACCCUGACACACCUCCACACCUUCACCUCCACAUUCACUGACCCUCUCCAUGUUGGGUUUUGGGUGUGGUCACCUGGCUCCUCAGUGUGUGUGUGUUAGAUAGAGGAGGUAGAGACGCCUCCUGUGUCCUGGAGGAACACUCACACUCCUGCCCAAACACACCUGCUGACAUGAUAGAUCACUCUGUACACACACACACACACACACACACACACACACACACACACACACACACACACACACACACA